CUACACCCAGUACUACUACACCCAGUACUACUACAACCGUUGUUACCCCGCGUCCUCCACUCUCCAUCCUGUUGGAUAUCCAGAAAAACCUGGAUGCGAUUUCAGAGUUUCUUAAUAAGUUAAUGGAAACAUUAUUGAAUUUCACCCGAAGGUCGAGGAUUGUUCGUUCCGUGCCUGACUGUCCGGAAGAUGUUGAUCAAGUGAUGGUGCUGAAAAAUGCUACGAUUGUGAUAGAUCAAGUUUCUGCAGAAAUCGAAAAGAACAUAGUAACCGAAACUCAAGCCAUCCUAAUGGACAAAGCCAGAGAAGAUAUAGAGACCAUCGAAGCAUGUCCUAAUGAAAAUUUCAAAUCAAGUGUCCAAAACGAUUCAACUAUUCUGACAAACUCUUCUAGAAGCAUCGAGAGUGCGCAGAAGGCUGUUGAGGAGAAAAAAGUAGAGCUGGAGAAAGCGGCGUCAGGAGACUCUGGCACAGAUAAACCGAUUGCAGCGAUCGUUGGAGGAACGGUGGGGGGUUUCGUGGCAUUGGUUAUUAUCAUAGUUUUCAUAGUUAAAUGCAAGAAAAAGAAGCAAAAUAAAUCAAAUACAUUUUCUGCGACGAGUGCCCCGCGUCAAGAAUUGUGGAUCAACAAGUCCCCCCCAGAAGACAAUAGUCCAAGCACAGAGGAAGCUGCAACCGUGAUAACACAACGUGGCGGUAACCUGACGGCAGACCAGCAGGCGAGAAGUGGACAACACGCCCAGGUGCUUUCAACGUUCCAAUCUGAAAAAGAAACUAAUUUCCCUUCGGUUUUGCCCGACAAAACUGAGCCUCAGUGCCCCACAGUCCAUUCUCAUGCAGCCAGAGAUCCCAUCCCGUCAAGAUACCCAAAUGAAGGCAAUACCAUCGACCGCCCGGCCGCACUUCCUCGUUUGACUGCCGACGGGAAGCCGAUCUGGAACCGGGCAUACGAUUUCGACACCAAGGAGGAAUUUUCACGAACGGAUUCCGAUUCCUCUCCUAGACCAGCUUACCGUCGACAACCGCCUCAUAGAAGCAACAGAGACAGCGAUCACUCAGAAUACCCUUACCAGCGACGAGCACCUUCGGGUCAUGGACGAUACCCCAGAAAAUAUAAUUACCCACAUCGUCGCUCGCGCUCCAACUACUCUGAAUACGACCGUCCUCACCGAGACCAGCAAACUGAUCGAGAAUAUAGCCAUCGGCACCAGAGUUUGUCUCCAGCUCGCUAUAGUAAUCGCUCAUCUCGCCCUAACGAUCGCCCAACGUCAAUGCAUCAACGGGAUGAGCUGCAGCCAGCGGGACGAAUUCCCAGACUUUCUGCCGCGAUCGGAGGACAAGAUCGGAGCCAACGCCCCAGUCGCCACAGCCCCUCAGGAAAGGAGCCACAGGGUUACGGACGGAUUCAGCCAACGACGCACCAUUCGAAUGGACACAAGUCUGAACGAAACCACCCGCCUUCCGAAUACAGGCGUCGGGAACCUGAAUAUAGACCUCGCACUAGUCACCGUUCUCCGGAGCCCAGACCUUUCUCUUACACCUCUCAAGAUGACCGACGACCAGGCAACGACAGGAAAUCAAGAAUGAAAUCGAAGAGCCACAUCGAACUCGAUAGAGAAAUCGCUGUCCGCCGAGAGUUUCGAAGACCUUACAGUUAUCAAGACUUAAACUGAGUCUCGCAUAAGACUGUUAAAUUUUAAUAACUAUCCGAAUUAUGAAUACGCAGAAAUACGGUGUACAAGAUUACAAAUAUCCUUGUCACUGCUAGUGUUAGGGUAUAGCAUCUGCAUGGAAAAAUUAAAUUCUUCUGAGUAUCGUAAAAUUAUUAUAAGGAAUAUAAAAGAUGUUUACAGGUAAUACUUGAUACUCAUGAUCAAUAAUUGUACAAAUUCUACCAGAGGUAGUCGAUAAUAAAUAAUAUCAAAUAAUAUAAUCCAUAUGCAUUAGAAGAGGUUCUGUUCGCUCGUUAGCGGAGCAACCAUAAUGAAUGACCAACAGUUAUCUUCUUGCAAUUUUAUUUUUAACAUUCUUGAUUUGCCUUACUUUUAAUUUUUACGAAGUAAUCUUGACGAGAAAAUACUGUAAAACAAUAUAAAGUAAUCUAGAAAUACUUUCGAGGUUCAGCCAGUUAAGUAUUAUCGAAUGAACAGGGAAUGCUGCUUAUGAGCUUUCAAGAUUAUAUUUAUGCUGGUUUGAUGCAAUCUAAAGAACUUUUUAUUUAUGUACAAUAAUACUUAUUUAAUUCUUUAUAGCAAUAGAGUUAAUUGACUUUUCAUUCCUUCCACUCAUUUGUGCGUGAGAAAUCGCCGAACAAUGAAAACAAUAUUGUUUUUAAUUGCGUACGUUUGUUCAUUUUUUAUACUAUGACGGGACAGCAAGCUGAUGUACAUAUCACUGACUAAAAUGAAUGGGUCGAAUUGUUCAAAUCUUGGCACACUUUCUGAGAAUACGCGUAGUACUGAUACACCCUUGGGCCGGGUCAAACCGGGUCAGGUUGACCCACAAAGGGGCAAA